AUGAAAUCUACCGCGACUAUCCUCUUGAGUUCGCUCUUGUUUAUGUUGAUCAGCACCGCCAUUGCAGCCUCGGGCCCUGGAGGUUCGCCAGCCCCUGACCCAUCAGCGGGCCGAGCUCCUCCAAACGACCCCUUCCAACUGGCACCAGGCGAAAAAGUUUUUGAUUGUAGAAUGCCAGAAGUCUGGAACUUUCUUUAUUGUAUCAACAUAAAUACUGGAGUCGGUCAGAACGGCGUGAAUCGGGAGAAGCAGUUUGUAUGGGACAACCCUAUUUUUAUCUGUCCAAAGGAUUACAUUGGUCUCUGUUGCAAGAAGAAAGGCAACUCGGUGGAUUUGAAGAACUGUGGAGACAUGCAUGAAGUACCCCGUUCAAGUCUCUGA